GCCCCAGACCCCUCCCCAGAAGUCUUCGCUAUGCGGGUGCUGCUGGAGGAGACCGGGGAGAUGUUCCAAGUGACAAACUGCCGCAGCGACAUGACGGUGCGGGAGCUCAAGGAGGAGCUGGACCUCACAGUCGGCAUCCCCUUGGACCUGCAGCGGCUCCAGUACCUGGACCAAGGAGUUUUGAUGGAUGAUACUACGUUGAAGUUCCAUGAUGUUGUUCCUGGUGGAAUUAUUUCAUUAUGUAUCUGGCAUUAUGAUGGAUGGACGGAACUGGUUUUGGCGGCUGUGGAAGGGGAUCCCAGUAAGCUCUCCUGCCUCGGUGUUGAUGAAGACUCUCUCUACCAAACUGCAAAUUCGCAGCAUUUGGAACACAAGCAGUGGAAGGACUGGAUCGCUCAGAGAGCAUUCGUGGCCUUGUACAUUACCUCUCACAGAGGCCACUCGGAUGCUGUGCAGUACCUUCUAGAACAUGGAGCCGACAGUCUCAGCAGAACCCCCAUGGGCAGGACAGCCCUGCACGUGGCCGCAGCCAUGGGCCGUCUGGAUUGUAUAAGCCACCUGCUCAAGUACGGAGCCUCCAUCGACGAAAGAGAUGACAGGGGGGAGAGCCCCAUGUCCAUCGCCCGGCGCCUGAACCGCAGGCACAGUGAACGGAGGAUGUUCCUCUUUUACUGGAUGGCAAAGUCGGGGACGAAGGACCCAAAGAACUUGAUCACGAACAAGGUUUUUCACAGGGCGAAGUCCAGGUUUGGCUCCAAGAAGAGCCAAGUUUGA